CAAUCAAAUAUUUUUAUAUUUUUUAAAUGAAAUAAUUAAACAAAAACCCAAUUUUUUUUUACUAUAAAUCGACCUAUCAAACUCCGAAGAUUUCAGUGUUCUCUCUCUUCUCUCUCUCUCUGAACUUCCCAAGUUUCAUCUACCUCUCUUUCAAACGGUCGAAGAGAAAUGGCACGAAAGAAGAUCAGAGAGUAUGAUUCGAAGAGGUUGUUGAAGGAACACUGCAAGAGACUCGCCGGACUCGAAUUGGGGAUUAAAUCGGCACAAAUUACAGAAUCAACUGAUGUCAAUGAGCUAGUGGAAAAGGAGCCUUGGCUCUCAUCAGAGAAACUGGUUGUGAAACCCGAUAUGUUGUUUGGGAAGCGUGGAAAGAGUAUUGCAUUGCAUCUUGAUUUGGCUCAAGUUGCUAUUUUUGUGAAGGAACGACUUGGCAAAGAGGUUGAGAUGGGAGGAUGCAAAGGACCCAUAACAACUUUCAUUGUUGAACCUUUUGUUCCACACAAUGAAGAGUUUUACCUCAAUAUCGUGUCAGAACGACUUGGGUGUAGCAUAAGCUUCUCGGAAUGUGGAGGAAUUGAAAUUGAAGAGAACUGGGACAAGGUUAAGACCAUAUUCGUCCCUACUGGGGUGUCCUUCUCACCAGAGAUAUGUGCUCCACUUGUUGCAACCCUUCCCUUGGAGAUCAAAGGAGUAAUUGAGGAAUUUAUAAAAGUGGUUUUUGCUCUAUUUUUAGAUCUGGACUUCACUUUCCUAGAGAUGAAUCCUUUCACAUUGGUUAACGGAAAGCCUUAUCCUUUGGAUAUGAGAGGGGAACUUGAUGAUACUGCUGCCUUUAAGAACUUCAAGAAGUGGGGCAAUGUUGAAUUUCCUAUGCCAUUUGGAAGAGUAAUGAGCUCUACCGAAAGCUUUAUUCAUGGGCUAGAUGAAAAGACAAGUGCAUCAUUGAAGUUCACAGUUUUGAACCCAAAGGGACGAAUCUGGACAAUGGUAGCUGGUGGAGGUGCUAGUGUCAUCUAUGCAGAUACGGUUGGGGAUCUUGGCUUUGCUUCUGAGCUUGGGAACUAUGCUGAAUACAGUGGAGCACCCAACGAAGAGGAGGUGUUGCAGUAUGCCCGAGUCGUGAUUGAUUGUGCGACUGCAGAUCCUGAUGGUCGCGAGAGAGCCCUUGUAAUAGGAGGAGGAAUUGCUAACUUUACUGAUGUCGCCGCUACAUUUAAUGGCAUAAUUAGAGCACUGAAAGAGAAGGAGUCAAAGCUUAAAGCUGCAAGAAUGCGGAUAUUUGUUAGGAGAGGAGGUCCAAAUUACCAAAGGGGUCUUGCAAAAAUGCGGACUCUUGGAGAGGAAAUCGGCAUCCCUAUUGAGGUUUAUGGACCGGAGGCAACGAUGACUGGUAUAUGCAAACAGGCAAUUGAGUGCAUCACUGCAGCUGCAUAAAUUUAUCAAUCUUGUUAUUCAAAUCACUUCUGUUUUCUCUGUUUUCUUUUUCUGGUGUUCGUUUGAGUCUCAGAAACAUCAUAAUUGUACCUGAAAAUUGAGUUAAAUUGUAUUUUCGACAUUGAUAUAAAUGGGCAAUCAAUAAUGUUCUUCAUUCUCUAAA